AUGCCACCCGCGCAAGCACCCAUUCGCUGGCCAGAGACGCAGGAAAGAUGGUUGCGACUGCAUGUCGACUUCACGGGUCCGAUCCAAAACAAGAUGCUUCUUGUCGUCGUGGACUCUUACAGUAAAUGGACUGAGGCCAUUCCCCUGGCUCACGCGACCUCGCGCAACACAGUCGAUGCCCUGCGAACGCUGUUCAGUAGAUUCGGUCUGCCACACACGGUAGUGUCUGAUAAUGGCACGCCAUUCACCGGAUCGGAGUUCAACGAGUUCUUGCAACAGAACGGGGUAGUUCACGUGCGGGCACCCCCCUACCAUUUACAGAGUAAUGGACUCGCCGAACGUGCGGUGCGAACCAUCAAAGACGGACUAAAGAAGUGUGGGGACGCCAACUUGUCAAAGACGCUGGAUAGAACACUGUGCCGCUAUAGAAACACGCCGCUUCCGUCCGGGCGCUCACCAUCAGAAAUGUUGUUGGGUUAUCAGCUCCGCACCCGAUUAGACAUGUGUUUUCCUCCCAGGAGCCAAGCAACAGGGGAUGUCCACUCUGCUGACAGCGCCGGGCGGAACUUCGCACCGGGAGAUCCUGUGUACCUUCGCAAUUACGGCCGUGGUGACAAGUGGACACCUUGGAAGGUCCGGUCAACCUCUGGUGCACGCAUCGUGUCUUUCGGCACGGAGAACGGGCUUGUUCACUGGCACAUGGACCAGUUCAGGCGGAGAAGCAUCGAAGCACCGUCGAGUCCAGAGGCUCUCACUAGCCCCCAGAUAAGCCCGGACCCUCCAGUACAAGACUGCGAAGCUCCAACGGCUACUGGCCCCGGUCUUCCGGGCCACCCGCCCCCAGAGCUAAGACGUUCCACACGUAUCAAGAAGCCAGUGGAGCGUUAUGGAUUCUAA